AUGCGUGGACUCGGAAGCUUCGCCGUGCUGCUGAUCGCCUUUGCCGCCGCUACGGCCAACGCCACGCAAGACGCUGCGGUGUGCAACCUCCUCUGUGUCCAGGGCAAGAAGUGCGUGGUGGAGAAGGGUGUUGCCAAGUGUAUCCCUAUUGACUGUGAGCACAAGUGCACCAAGAAGUGCUCCAAGAACGAGGUCUGCGAGAUCAACUCGGCCGACAACUCCCAGUACUGCUACAACCCGUGCGCGGCGGUGCUCUGCUUGUCGGGCACUACCUGCCAGCUCGAGCAAGUGCAGUGCAUCCGCGCGCCGUGUCCCCCUGUCGCGGUCUGCAAGCCUAUCAAGAGGGGCUACGGCCUGCGGGCCCUCAACGAAGAAGAAUAG